AUUGGUCUUUGUUCAUCAUUGCCCAACACAUGGGACAUGUUUAUAUUUUGGAUUCAACAAAGAUAAAAGGCGAAAAGAGUGCUUCUAACUAUCGUCUUUCAAGCCUAAUUCCUACCGCCUUAGGAUCCGAGUUCAACUACACAGUGGUUGAUUGUAAGCAACAAAAGGGUGGAUGGGAAUGCGGCUACAUGGUUCUCCAACAUAUGUUUGACUUUGUCAAUUUGUAUCAAAACCAAUUUCCCGAUGAAAUGUGGCACGACACGAGAGUGGCUACGGAUAAUGAAAUAGAUGUUUUGUUGAUGAUGUUGAUGCCGAAGUUUUUUAGCGAGUUAGGUAUUCCGUUAGUUUAGCUUAUGUGUAGUUUG